AGGACUUUCAGAGAGAGAGAAAGAGAGAAAGAGAGAGAGAGAGAGCGGGUGGAGCACAGACAGGCCAGUAAAAUAUUUCCUAAACCGUUUUGUUGACGAGGCGACCAGCAAAACAUCAGUGCAUAGCUCACCAUGGCCCAGAACCAGGUGAUCCUGCAGUUCCACUUUGCCACCUACGGGGACUCCAUGCUGCAGAAAAUGAACCUUCUUCGGCACCAGCGACGCUUCUGUGACGUCACCGUACGUAUCAACCAGCUCAAAGUCCCCGGUCAUAAGGUUGUGUUUGCCGCUGGCUCGUCUUUCCUACGAGACCAGUUCAUCCUUCAGCAGGACUCCAAUGAAGUGCAGAUCUCCAUAAACCAGGAGGCAAAGGUUGGCCAGCAGCUGCUACUGUCCUGCUACACGGGCCAACUAGAGUUCCCGGAAUUGGAGCUGGUCAACUACCUGACGGUGGCCAGCUUCCUCCAAAUGGGCCACAUUGUGGAGCAGUGUACUCAAGCUUUGAACAAGUUCAUCAAGCCACAGCCUCCACACAAGAUGGAGGUCGACACUGAGCCGAAAAGAGUGGUCAAAGAGGACGGAUCGGGCUCCCAGGCUUUGAGAGAACAGGAACACUUGCGGGAAGUGGAGCGGGUGGAGCGUGAGGACGACGUCAGUACUGAUGACGAUGACGAUGUCAUUAUACAGCCUAAGUCUCCUCCUCACACGUACAAUAUACAUCCUGUGCAAGAAGUGGAAGAGAGUGAUAUCAGCAUCGUGAAGGUGGAGUCUGUAGAGUCUACCUUCCCGACAAGUGCUCCAGCUACCCUGAACUCGCCCGAGCCCCAACACUCGCUCAUCAAUUCGACUGUCGACAGUCGUGGGAGUGAAAUGACGGCGCCCCCAAGCAUGCCGGGCUACCCCUUCCGUCCUCCUUCUCCGUUCAACCCGGCGGAAAAAACUCAGAAGAGCUACGACAAACCCCUCCAGUGGUACCACCAGUGUCCCAAGUGUAGUCGCGUCUUCCGCCAGCUGGAGAAGUACGCCAACCAUCUUAAGAUGCACAAGCUCUUCAUGUGCUUGUUGUGCGGAAAGACCUUCACACAGAAGGGUAACCUGCACCGACACAUGCGGGUCCACGCGGGCAUCAAACCCUUCCAGUGUAAGAUCUGCGGGAAGACCUUCACCCAGAAGUGUUCCUUGCUGGAUCACCUGAACUUGCACAGCGGGGACAAGCCUCACCGCUGUAACUACUGCGACAUGAUGUUCGCCCACAAGCCCGUUCUCCGCAAGCACCUCAAGCAAAUCCACGGCAAGAACAGCUUUGACAACGCAAACGAAGGCAACUCGCAUGACUGUGGGCCUGAAGAGAAUGACACAAGCGGGCCGUUUAUCAGUCAGUCUAACAGUUAUGAGACGGACCUAAGAUACGAUUUGAGACAUUGUCUGGAUGAGACUGUAUAAAAAGAGAAACUAAGUUUCACAAUGAUGAGCAGAGACCGCCACCUUACGAUACACUAUUUUAAAAGACGGCGGUCUGUUAAUGGAGAAGAACGUUCAAUCAGUGAGGUAGAUCUAUUUCUACUCUUAAGCAUUGACCGUGAUCUUGGCAUACCUUGUCACCCCUCCAGUUUUUUCCAGGGGUAACUGAUGAAUUUCCCAGCACCCUUGCGUCUUAACAUUUUCCUGUAUUUUAACUUUCUUGGGUGAAAAAAGUCCACUCCGUUACUGCUGGAGCAGCACAGCCAGGGUCAUACUUGCCAAACCUCCCGAAUUUUCCGGGAGACUCCCGAAUUUCAGUUCCUCUCCCGAAAAUCCCCCGAUUUCCAGCCGGACCUGAGUGAGGACAGCCUGUCGUCACGUCCGCUUUUCCUCCUUAUAACAUCUACGGCUUUUGGAGCUUAGUGCGCAACAGCACACACAACAAGAAGGAGACUAUUAUAUAUGUCUCUGUUAUCCAAGGGUUAUUUAUCACCCAUAAAGUAGGCAGGCACGGAGCUAUUUCUCAGCGUGUGUUUAUUCCAGCCGCCACGUUAAUACACUGACACACAACAUCGGGAUUCCCAUCAUGCAUUGCUACGGCAAGUAGUAAUGUCCAAAAAACAUAACAGAGACGAAGCAGAAGAACGAAGAAGAGACAUUCAUGGCGACUACGAGUAAGAAGAAGAAGUACGCUUGCAUGUUCCAAAAUGAUUGAAAACAAGAAUUUCAGUUCAUCCAGGACAGAUGGAAGGGGAAGGGGUAUGCUAGGGAGAGAUGGAAGAUUCCAGACUCCGGUGCAUUUGAUGAAGGCAUUUUUGUGCGUGCCACACAGAAAUGCAUCAUCAGAGAGGGUGGUUAGAAAUAUAGUGACAGAGAAUAAUAGAAAGGAUGGACAAUUCAACCCUAAAGUCACUCCUUUCCUGCAAAAUAAAUGUCACAGAUGCUGCCCAUACCUAUGCUCCUUCAAAGGCUGUGCUACUGACUGCAAAGCAUUGCGCUUUCAAAUACAACGAGUAGAGGAGUGUUAUGUUUGUGUACAUGUAUAUGUGUAAAUAAAUGAACACUGAAAUUCAAGUAUUUAUUUUAUUUAUAUAUGUAUAUAUAUAUAUAUAUAUAUAUGAAAGAAUACUUGAAUUUCAGUGAAAUCUAGCUUUAAUUAUACUUCCCACCCCCCAACCUCCUCCCCGUCGCCCCUCCAAUCUCCCGAAUUCGGAGGUCUCAAGGUUGGCAAGUAUGGCGAAGGGCAUUGGCGACAAAACAAAAAUAAAUCCUUCAAAACCAAAGCAAACCAAUAAAACAACAAACGUGCACCACAGUAAGCAGUAAGUAGAUCAGAAUGCCCCAAUUUUGCAGAAAUGUUCCCUUAUUUUCAAACGCUGACGUUGUCAGGUAUGAAUUUUGCACCGGACAUUUACUAUUGGAGACAAACGCGUUUCAACUUGUUGUGAUUGCUGUAGGUUGCAGGAAUACCGCUCGAACAAAAACUUUAGAUGUAACACUGAAGGCCUGAUCUACUAAGAUUACAAAGACAGCCAGCUUGCUAGCUGUGAGAAAAUGGCAACCAAGGUGAUCAAAAAGGUCAACCAAAGAACGAGAUUCCUCUACAGAAUCUCCUCUCUGGUCAACAAAAGCACCUUGAGGAUUCUAGCGGGAACUCUCAUUCAACCGUUCUUCGAUUACGCUUGCACCUCCUGGUACCCCAGCACCUUCAAAACCCUCAAAUCUAGACUCCAAACAUCCCAGAAUAAGUUAGUCCGGUUACUUUUAGACCUCCACCCCAGAUCACACCUCAAUCCAACCCACUUCUCCAAAGUGGGCUGGCUCAGGGUGGAGGACAGUGUAAAACAACUUGCACUGAGCCUAGUCUAUAAAAUCCGCUACACGUCCUUGAUACCGAAGUACAUGUCAAACUACUUCCUUAACGUAAAUGACCGCCAUAACCACAACACCAGGGGGAGCUCCACAAACCACGUUAAACCCAGAUUCCGAUCUAACAAAGGUCUUAACUCAUUCUCUUUCUAUGCCUCAAUGUGGAAUGCACUCCCAACAGGUAUAAAAGUAAGUGCAUCUCUAUCCUCCUUCAAAACCGCUCUAAAACAACACCUCCAGGGAACUUCAACACUUUACUAAUACCCUCCUCCAUUCACAUCCCAUCUCAAAUGUACUUCUAAUGUAUAUACUUGUUCUUAUGCUAUCUGAACUCACUAUGUUCUCUGCUGGCUGUACAUAUCCUACUAAAUAAGACCUACACUGUUUCAAUGUCCACAUUUCUCUGUUGAUGCAAUUGUUGAUGACUGAAGUUCUGAUAUCAACCAAAGCUCCUCAUCCCACCCCCCGGAUUGUAAAUAAUGUAAAUAAUUCAAUGUACAUACUAUGAUGAUUAACUUGUGUCAUGACUGUAUUAUGUUGAUAGUAUAUAUUUGUACCAUGAAUUGAUUAACCUGGACCCCGACUUAAACAAGUUGAACAACUUAUUGGGGUGUUGCCAUUUAGUGGUCAAUUGUACGGAAUAUGUACUGAACUGUGCAAUCUACUAAUAAAAGUAUCAAUCAAUCAAAGCUUAAAUGCUGGCAUGAAAACAAGAGUCAUUAUUGUAUUUCCCCAUUAAGAAACGAUACAACCCAAUCUAAACUUGUAUAAACACAUUGCCGUCUGAGCAACUAAGCUAUUCAAUUGUGCACAUUGAACCUACAAGGUCUAUUAGAGGGAUCUUUCUGUUUUUAUUGAUUGAUUGAAACUUGUAUUAGUAUAUUGCACAGUACAGUACAUAUUCCGUACUAUUGACCACUAAAUGGUGACCCCUGAAUAAGUUUUUCAACUUGUUUAAGUCGGGGGUCCACGUAAAUCAAUUCAUGGUACUCAAAUAUUUACAGUGCGUUCAAAGACCGCCGAACAGAGUAGGACACCACAACACCCACCAGAAAUAAUAAAUAAUUAUAGCAACUGAUUGUAUUUGUUACGCAUUUUUCUUUUAAAUACAUCUUAAAGUACUGCAGUACAGUUAAAACAAUAAAAGCUUAGAUAUUCAAACAUAAAAUACUAAUAUUAAAACAUAUGUGUAUAAGUACUUUUAGAGCUCAUUCAGCAAUACCCAAUAGUAAGGAUAGCUGUGAUCAUUUUGGUCAUGAUAGCGAUAAUAGAUUUUACUAUCAUUACAUCCUUAGCGUGUGCUAUAAUUGAGCAUGUAGCCUGUGAUCUACUAAGACUGGCUGCGAAAGUGGUGCAGAAAGCCUUAUUUAAAUGAGGGUUUUGUGUGUGCUGCGUGGCAUUCACCAUGUAGACACUCGUUUACUGCACAUUCAUAUAAUCAUUCUACUGUUUUUAAAACACACAGUAGAAAAAUAUUAUAUGUACCACUUUUUCUGGGCAUUUUAAAAGCAGUCCCGCAGUGCAACUACAACAGGACCCAUUUUUUUUUUAGUCUGCUGAAGGUGCACCUUUGAGAUACUGGCACUAAAUCUGCGAGUGUGGAAUGUUUCAGAUGCAAGGAAAUGCAUAUUGCAGGAAGGUGUUUGUAUUACAACCCAUGAAUUGGAUGUUUUAAUCAGCCCCUCAUGUCACCCAGGAGCUAUAAAAUUAUGAAAUGAUAUUGCUGAAUAGACGAUAUGUCUUAAUAUUUUUAUUUUGGACGGUCCAUAUAUGUUGACAAGCAUAUGUGUGGCAUAGCUGCAGCGUGUUCGCCUCCUUUCUCACAGCUAUUUCUGCGCACAUUUCGGACGUGCUGAAUAAAGACGUAAAAAAAAAAGCUCCCGCAGAACAGUUCAGGUCUUGAUAAAUCACAUUUAAAUAAUUAAUUUUGCGUUUUGUCCUCCAGUAUUGUAGGCGUUCUGAUAAUAAGCAUACACUCUGCAUAUUCAUGAAGACGGACUACAAUUGCGCGUCUUAUUUCGCUCACUUAAAAGCCUCUUCGCAUAAGCUUGUUGAUCAGCUUUGCGUGCUCUAUCAAGUUAGUAGAUCAGGCCCUAAAUAUUUGUUUCUUGUCAAUUUUUUAAAUGUUAUUGCACUGUAGAAGAUACAGCACACAUAAUUAGGCGAUUAGUUGUACUUUUCCCAAUCCGUAGGCUAUUACUCACUUGGUCUACCUAUUUUGUGCUUUCCAAACUUGAGAAUGAUUUGUAUGAAUACAUAUUUGGUUUAUUUGCUCCGUAUGACUCUAUUUUAGGUCACUAAGGAAAUGUAGGAAAUUAACACAUUUUAGGUGACGCUGUUUUUUUUUUAUGUAGAGCUGAACUGGCUACAAAGUAAACAAAAACAGAAUGCUGGACGACAGCAAAGACUUAAAGCGUGUGGAGCAGAGAAGGCGUCCAUAAAGUACAUCCGUGCACGACAUGACCAUCAACAAUGUCACCACAAAAAAAGACAGCAACGACUUAAAUGUUCCUGAUUGCUAAAACAAAGCAGGCGCGGGGAACAGCGCUCAAAGGAAGACACGAAACUGCAACAGGAAGAUACCAACAAAACAGGAAAAGCCACCGAAAUAGGAGCGCAAGACAAUAACUAAACUUAUUUUGUGCUUCCCGAACUUGAGAAUGAUUUGUAUGAAUAUGUAUUUGACGUUUUGGCUCUGUAUUUUAGGUUACUAAAAGGAUGUGGCAAAUUAAAGGCCUACUAAAAUUAGAUUUUCUUAUUCAAACGGGGAUAUCAGGUCCAUUCUAUGUGUCAUACUUGAUCAUUUCGCGAUAUUGCUAUAUUUUUGCUGAAAGGAUUUAGUAGAGAACAUCGAGGAUAAAGUUUGGAACUUUUGGUCUGUAAUAAAAAAGCCUUGCCUGUACCGGAAGUAGCAGACGAUAUGCGCGUGACGUCACGGGUUGUGGAGCUCCUCACAUCUGAACAUUGUUUACAAUCAUGGCCACCAGCAGCGAGAGCGAUUCGGACCGAGAAAGCGACGAUUUACCCAUUAAUUUGAGCGAGGAUGAAAGAUUUGUGGAUGAGGAAAGUGAGAGUGAAGGACCAAAAAAAAAAAGGGCCGUGGGAGCGAUUCAGAUGUUAUUAGACACAUUUACUAGGAGAAUUCUGGAGAAUCCCUUAUCUGCUUAUUGUGUUACUAGUGUUUUAGUGAGAUUAUAUGGUCAUACCUGUGAACCUGAAGGUCGGCCUAGUCGACGGUUGGUGGCGAUGCCCAUCUCUGCCCUUCGCAAGGGACCCUCUUCGAAACACGAUCUUUCGAAAUGAUCGCUGCAUCAUACACUGUACUUUGUGUGUGUGUGGUCCAAUCCAACCGUGUUCGCUUGGCAUCUCUGUUCCAUAGUAAAGCUUGACUGUCAUCUUUUGGGAAUGUAAACAAUGAAACACCGGCUGUGUUUGUGUUCCUAAAGGCGACCACAAUACACCGCUUCCCGCCUACAGCUUUCUUCUUUGACGUCUCCAAUAUUCAGUAAACAAAUUGCAAAAGAUUCAGCAACACAGAUGUCCAUAAUACUGUGGAAUUAUGCAUGAUACUUCCGCGUUAAAAUUUAAAAUUGCAAUUUAGUAAACUAAACCGGCCGUAAUGUUAAGAUUUCAUCAUUGAUAUAUAAACUACCAGACUGCGUGGUCGGUAGUAGUGGGUUUCAGUAGGCCUUUAAGGAAAUGUAUAAUUUGUGAGGUUUUUUUUAAGAAUUUGGGAAGAUACGCCUUUCAAGAUGUAAUCUCCCAAAUAAAAUAAUUGUCAUUUUUUAUUAGAAUAACUAGCUCUAAUGGUGCGUCAAUUUGGAUGAAAAUUUAUCUGCAGCGAGUCAUUCUUCAGUUUUAAUCCAUGAUGUGAAUGGACCGUGUCUAUAGGCUACAUUGUAUUAAAACAGGGGUGUCCAAAGUAGCAUUUAUGAACAUUUUUCCACAGUUGGGUCUGGCAGCAACAAGCAGGCUCGGCUGUUUCUGUCAUAGACGUUUGACGGUGAUAACAAUGAAGCCAGAAAUUGAGAUUUUUGUCUUCUGCCUUCAUGAGUGAUUGCAUGGUAGCAUUACAAAGAGCAUCCAUAAAGCGACACUGUAAAAAGAACAUUUUAACAAUGCAUAACUGAUUAACUGUGCGUUAUUGUGGGGAGUAACUUCAUCACGCCGGAAUAAUUUCACUUUAAUAGAUUGCAGAUGCCUUCAUAUUGCUUGACCUCACAAUGCUGAAACAGAAAUUGUGCUAACUGUGUGUACCUGAGGAUUGUGUCGUUUUGUUUUUUGUUUUUUUCCAACGUUGUCCACUGGAUAAAUGGCAAUGAAUACCUGAUUUGUGUAUAUACAGGUAUACUUUAUACAGUCAUAAAUGUACAGAAACAUUAAAAUCCUGGUAGUUGAUGCAUACAUAUGGCAAAAAAAAGGUAUUUUUCAAUGGGGAAAAAAUAUUUCUCUUCUCUUGUAAAAAGCAGCCUCCCCCACAAAAAUGACAUAACAUCAUGCUGUCCCCCUUUCAUUCAACUAUUAAACACCGUUUAACAAAACACACUGAAUUUAAUGUAACCACUGUGACAUUUUUUACUCCGUCUAUUCAUUUAAAAUGUACAAUAAUUGCUGUUAUUACAUAAAAACAAUAAAUAUCUCCAUUUUAAUGUU